AUGAAUCGAUAUUGUUACGUUAAAAAAUUAAAAGAACUGCGAAAUUAUCUGAACCUUUUGUUGUGUGUGCUUGUUGGGAAGAAACCUUUUGACACAAUUUCACAUUCGAGACUAAUUAGAAUACUAAUCGGGAUUCUAACGCUCCCCGAUCACUACCACAAGAGGCACUUCCUCCGCAUGAUCUACGGCACCCAAUCCCCAACCGGGGCCCACGUGGACGUAAAGUUUGUUUUCUGCAAUCUCACAAAGGAGGACCAAAAAGUCCUAGUGGCGCUUGAGAUCAUGCGUUACGAUGACAUCAUCAUCAUCCUUGAUUGCCGCGAGAACAUGAACAAUGGUAAGACCUACACCUACUUCUCUAGCCUCCCCGAGAUGUUCAUAAAUAAUGAAUCGAAUUCGCAAUAUCCACCUUACCAUUACGUGGUGAAAGGCGACGAUGACGUGUACUUUCGGUUGCAAAAUCUAGUGGACUCGCUUGUACCUUUGCCUAGGCAAGACUUGUACUACGGGUACGUUAUCCCAUGCCCUAGUAUGGACCUGUUCGUGCAUUCCAUGUCGGGUAUGGGUUAUCUAGUUUCUUGGGAUAUUGUCGAGUGGCUUAUGGAAUCGGAUAUUCCGAAGAAGCAUCUAGAAGGUCCGGAGGAUAAGAUUUUCGGCGAUUGGCUUAGAGAGGGGCGUCGGGGAAAGAAUAGGUACAACGCGAAAUGGGCGAUGUACAACUAUCCGGAGCCGCCGACGAGAUGCACGCACGAGCUGUGGCCGGAUACUAUAGCCGUUCAUCUUUUGAAGACGCAGGAGAAAUGGAUCCGGACGUUGAAUUAUUUCAAUGUCACCCGGGAUUUGAAACCCUCCAAAUUGUAUCAUAUAUCUUAGGUGAUUAUACUAAUUUUUAUCAUUAUAAGAUGUUUAAUUCUUUCUUGC